GGCGGCAGCCCGCGGGGCGGGCACGCAGGGACCGGGCCGAGCCGGGCCGAACGGGGCCGAGCCCGGCCGGGGUUGGGCACGGGAGCGCCGGGGGAGGCCGGCCGGCUCCGCGGCCAUGCGGGCCGCGUGGGUGCUGCUGCCGGCGCUGGCCGCCCUGUCCGCCUACUACAUCUACCUGCCGCUUCCCGGCACCGUGUCGGACGCGUGGAAGCUGAUGCUGCUGGACGCCACCUUCCGCGCCGUGCAGCAGACGUGUCACCUGAUUCACUAUUUGAGACUCAGCCAUCACCUGAUAGUUCUGAACUAUUUGAUUUGUACGUUUGACAAGCUGAAGUCUGUCUCUUCUGAACACAUUAACAUAACGGAUGCUGUUUUCGACGGUGUGGAAGUCAGAGUGUUUGAACCUCCUGGAAAACAAGAUGAAACGCUCAAGCGCAGUGUUGUUUACAUCCACGGGGGCGGCUGGGCCUUGGCAAGUGCAAGAACAAGCCUUUAUAACAACCUCUGCAGAAUCAUGGCUGAAUCUCUCAAUGCUGUGGUUGUUUCAGUUGAAUACAGGCUGGUACCAGAGGUGUGCUUCCCUGAGCAAUUCCAUGAUGCUCUUCGUGCUACAAAGCAUUUUUUGCAGCCUGAUGUCUUAGCUGAGUAUUCAGUUGACCCAAAUCGAAUCGCAAUUUCUGGUGAUAGUGCAGGAGGAAAUUUGGCUGCUGCUGUGUGUCAGCAGCUUAGCAAAGAUGAGCAUUUGACCAUCAGACCAAAACUGCAGGCCUUAAUUUAUCCAGUCCUUCAGGCAUUUGACUUCAAUACCCCUUCAUAUCAGCAGAAUAUGAAUAUGCCUGUUCUUCCCCGUUACGUCAUGAUCAACUAUUGGAUAGACUACUUCAAUGGUAAUCAUGACUUGGCUCACUCACUGCUGAUUAACAACCACACUGCUCUUGAUGUUGGUCAAGCACUCUCUUACAGAGGACGUCUGAACUGGACAUCUCUACUGCCUUCAUCAUUCAAAAAGAACUACAAGCCUGUAGUACAAACCACAGGCAAGGCUGAAAUAAUCCAGGAGAUACCAGCGCUCCUUGAUGUACGAGCAGUCCCGCUGCUUGCAGAAAACGAAACUUUGCAGCUGCAGCCAAAGACUUACAUCCUGACUUGUGAGAAUGACGUCCUGAGAGAUGAUGGGGUGAUGUAUGCCAAGCGGUUAGAGAAUGCCGGCGUGGAAGUCACACUCGAUCACUUCGAUGACUGCUUUCAUGGCUGUAUGAUAUUCACAAUCUGGCCUACUGAUUUCUCUGCGGGAAUUCAGACUAGAAACAGCUAUAUAAAAUGGCUGGAUGAAAACCUCUGAGGAGAGAGUCUCUAGAAGAUACAGGGUGCUCAGCUCUGGUGUCUGUUCUUGCAAAAGAUCAAAGAAUGAAAAAGUGCACUUUUCCAAAUUCUGACUUCAUCCAUUCAGCUGCAUCUGGGGGGGGGGCUGCAGACUAGCUGUAGCAUUUACUAGCUCAAUUGACCUUGCCCAGCAAAGUAUUUUGUGAAAUAUUUCUUCAGAUUUCAGGAUUUUUUUUCUUUUCAGAUAACUUGUCUAACGUAAACAAAUGUUGAGCAAGGAGAUCAGCAUUCCUGUUGCAUUCUUAACUGGCUCAUUCUUAACCGGCUGAAACUUUCAAGCUUUGAAACUUCCAAGCUUUGAACCUUAAUUAGGCACAAGGGCCACAACUGUAAAAUGAUGCCAGAUAAAGCCGAAUGCUUAUGUCUCUGUUUGAAUAUAUAAAAGGGAGAAGUAAUUUUCAACAGUGUUGAGUACUUGCUGGUGGGAAAGAAAGUGUGAGCGCUCUCACCUUUGACAGUGGAACCAUGCAUUUGGAUGUCAGGCAUGGAUUUAGAUGGUGACUUCUAGGCAAAUAGACAAAUGGCUCUUAAAUUAAAAAAAAAAUAGUUAAGAUGAUGCUUGGCUAAGAGACUUGUCUAACAUAACUCAGCUUUGGAAUUUGGUCUUUAUGGUCUUCUAGUUAUUUAUAAAUGCACAGAGCAAAACAUUUUCAAAUUAAAAAAAAUAAUCAUAGCAUUCAUACAAACAUGGAGGAUAAAAUGUGUACUGCAGAAUCUGGGUUCAUUAUGGGAGCUUCAGAGAUGACUACAUGGCUAAAGAGUAUGACUGUCAGCAUUUAAAGCCUCAGUUUAUAACUUCUGUACAGAAAAAUACUGAGCAUACUAAAAAUAAUCUGCUGUGUGGUUUGCACUAAAGUUUGUAAUUAAUAGUAGAAGUUUUUGUUCAUUGACUUUCUUUUGUGCUUAUGGCAUUUGUUGUAUUUCAUCCUUCCUUGAAGGAGGGAAUCGGACAAAUAGAAGUGGGCUCUAGUCUAUACUGGAGAUUUACAUUGGAGCUUUGCUGCUAUAGCUUGUUUGUCUUGUAGACUGUACCUAAAAUGCCAGGUAACGUGAUCUAGCUAUUGUGCAGCACAUCUGUCCAGUUUGAGCUGCUCUUUAAAAUUCAGAGAGACAGGACAGUGAAGUGAAACCACUUGCAACAGUGUAAAUGUACUUUUUUUCCAGGAUGUUUACUGAUUGCAGAGGUGGAGGCUGCACCAAAAUGUCAUGCCCAGCCUCUCUAGGCAAAGAGAGGGUGGCUGUCCCAUGACUAAACCAGGAGAUUAAAUUCAUCGUCAACUUUACUGCAGACUUCCUGUAGGACCCAAGGAGAUCAACGUAAUCUCCUUGUGCCUCACUUUCUUCUUUCUGCAAACAGGGAGUAGUCAAAGACGGGGAGUAGUCGUUUCCUACCUCACAAAGGAGUUGUGAAACUGAAUUCACAGAUGUUAGCGAAGGACAUGGAUAUGUUACUGACUGGCAUGCACUGAACAGAUCCCUUGGCUUCUGACUUUCCAUCAGUCUUUAACAGCUGGCUCAGAGCAGUCUACCCCAUGGCCAGCAGUGCUGCUAGACUCUGUCCCCCCCUGUGAAGGUAACUGAUUUAUCUCCUGGCUUGUGUGAAAGUACAGCAAGGUAAGGGUUCUCAGAUGUAGGAAAUCAUGACAAAGACAAUUUCAUGAGAUCAUUUCUGAAAAGUUAAUUUUAAAAAAAGUAAAUCAGGCUACCUUCUGUAACUUAAGGUAUAUACAGAACAGCUCACUUUCACUGAUAUAUAAAUUAAAUAAGAGUACGACUUUGCUGAAUCAUUUUCCUAAAAACACCAGCUUGUUAAUAUGGCUGUAUGUAUUAAUGAGACAAGGCCUCAAUGUAGACUCAGUCACGCAGGCCAAAACUAAUUUCUGAGCAUGAGUUCACACGGAGGUCACAAGCCAAAGCUUUUUCAACAGUGGCCCAGAUUCUUUUUCUAUUUAGAUUGUUACAAAGACUUGGUGGAAUUAGAGCAGCCAAGUGUCAAUUCAAAUCAGGAUAAACUUUGGCCAAUAUAUACAAUUAACACUGCAGAAGAAUUUAAACAUUCUUACAGAUUUAAACCUCUUCUUCCCUUCCCCAUAAACACAAGUCCAGUAGAUACAAUUUACACCUACAACAGGUAUCAACUAAAGUUAUGUCUAUUCAAAAAGACAAAUUACUGAUCUUGAAAAGGGGCCUGUACUCCUAUCCAAUCCACUGUAUGCAAACAGCUCCAAUUACUUGGCUCUAGACCAUGGCUGAGUCAAAAUAUAUCUUUUACACUGAGCUGUAACAAUAGGCUUAUUCCUGACUUUCCCCCUUACAAUAAGGCUAUGUCAGAAAAGGUAUAAUUUUAUUUCAGCCUGCAGUCAUUAAAAGGUAGUCGUUGGAGUACUGGGGAAAAAAUGGUUACUAUUCCUAUCAGUUCUAUAAUAACUAAGUUACCUAUGAGCUGUCUGCAGUGCUUUAGAUCAGCAUUUGUUUAUAGCUAAUUUAUAAAUAUCUGCUAUGAAGCUAUGAUAUAAUCACUACCAUUUUUUUCACUGAAAUGAAAUGGAGAGCUGGAAUAUAUAUUCCUGGAGUUGGCUGUGUAUUUCCUUCAUGCACUGAAGCACAUUAAAGUCUUGGCACAAGAAGUGGUAGUAAGUAUAUAACUGGAUUGAAUGUGUUCACUAAGUCAUCACCAGCUGGAUGUGACAUCCAAGAUGGUAGCACAACUUGGAUGAGAUGUUACAGUAUUAAUUAGUUCCAUCAAAAUACCAUGAUUACUUUAUCAUGCAGAUGUAUGGUUAACUACAAAAUAGCUGCAAAGAUACGUGGCAUUUCCCGUUACAUACAAAAAGAGGUCUGAGUUACAGCUAUAAAAAGACCUUUUGGUGUGUAGCCACACAAGAUCCUUGAUUGAAAUUAAGUGUAAACCUUGAAGUAAGCAUUAGUCACAUUCUCAUCUUUCCUCUUACUUUACUUUGUUCUCCUGUGCAGGCGAUCACUGUGCCUGAAGCUAGAAGUUCAGCACUGCUUCCAGCUGAACUGCUGCAAGCUCACCCCAACAGAGCACUAGCUCAGCUCAGCAGGGCCAGCAGGCCUUACAGAGAUCUGGUGCCUGCAAGCAAGAGAUUAAGAUUAAUGCAUGUUACAAAAGCUUUAUUCUUUUUUUUUUUUUUUUUUUUUUUUUAAUACUCUUCAUCUGACAAGUGUUUGCUUGGGUGUACGUAGCACCUUCAUUCCUUAGUUAUUUCACAAAGCAGUUCAGAGCACCUUACAUGUUUAGGAUCAGAUUCAAAAAUACUCCUAACCAUACUUUACCUAUGUAGAGUGAAAAGUUGGUCUUCUAAAAGAAGAUGCUCAAUAAAUUGGUCUACUUCCUUUUUCAUUAAAUUCAUUAAAUGAGUAUGGCUAACUACUUUUAGAAGAUAGCUAUUUUGUUUUUUUCCCCUCCCCUUCCUACAAUUACAAUUCAACUGUCCAUUGCAAGAAUAUCAAAGCAUUCAAACGUAAGCUUUAAAGAAAAAGCCUGCAUAACAGAAGCUACACUCAUUUGAAUCCUAUUUCAUUGGAAAUAUAUUAGCAGGUCCCCAGUAGUUUUGACUGAUACUGACAGGAAUAAAUAAAGUUUUUGUCUGUCUAGCUUAGAACAUCUUAAAGAAUGGGAGUUGAGCAUUUCUGAAAACCCAGACCGAAUUAAAGAUAUUUCAUAAAAAUCACGAGCAACUAGAAUUUCCUGACCUUCAUCUAAGUAAUUGCAAAAUUGCAUCCAAGCCAAAGCAGAAAGGCCAUUGUGGAUUUUAAGUCCUACAAACUAAAAAGAAAUUAUUUAUCUUUAAAACAUUGUUUUGUACUGUUUGGGCCUCUCUAUUUUUUGAUCAGGUGCAUCAGUUUUUAAUCGCUUAAUACAUUUUGAGAAACUUUUUCAAUUAAAACUAUUAGAAGUAGAUUAACCUGACUUAAGCCUUUUAAGCUGCUAUGACCUGUAAUAAUGUUUGUUUUGUUUUGUUUUGUUUUUUAAAGAAACUGGUUUAAUGUUCUCUUAUUUAUGAUGUUCAAGAAUACAAAGUACAACAUAUGUGAUGUGAAUGCAUUUAGUAACUUAAGUGUGACUUUUUUGUUUUUUGUUUUUUUUUUGCUUCUUUCCCAUUACAGGGGAAAGAUCUUGUAAGAUCUAAGUAGCAAGUGUGGUUCAAAUGUGCUAUCAAAUUGAAGAACAAAUAAAGUGGAAAUAUGUC